AUGGCCGCGCAGCAGGAGAGGUCACUCAAGGUGGUGGUCGACUCCGCCGGCACGUGCGACCAUCACGCCGGAGACACGGCGCACCACGGCUCUGUCGCCGUCGCGCGCAAGCGUGGCAUCGACAUCACGGACCACCGCGCACGGAAGGUGAGGAAGAGCGACUUCGACGAGUUCGACUACAUCGUGGCGAUGGACGCCUCCAACCUACGCGACCUCAAGCGCAAGUGCCCACCAGAGCACGCCCACAAGCUCUCGCUCCUGCUAGCACACAGCGAACAGCACCGAGGCGAGGACGUGCCAGACCCCUACUACGGCCAUCCGUCCUUCGAAGUGGUGUUCGACAUCGUGGAGGACGGGCCUUGGGCCAGCACUCUCAACUAA